GGCAGCCCUGACAUGCCUGAUGCCAAGAAAAGGGGGUAUGUGUGGCUUCAGGGCAAUUGGAAUAUGGGACCGCGUUGAUACGAGCAGGUAGAACGUGUUUGUGAUUUCCGUCAGCCGGGCGCUGCGAAAUUGCGGAGGCAUUCAGUGUCGGGAGGACCAGCGAUGCUGCGCGCCGGGUAACAGCAGCGCCGUCACCGCUGGCUGUUGCCAGGUCCAGCUGCAUACCUUCUUCGACAAUCUGGACUGGAUAACGCGCAAACUCUCCGGGAUUCUGAUCCUGCUGCUGCUGUUCGCCAUGGGCUACUUCAUCCAGCGCAUCGUCUGCCCGAGACCCCGCCGCCAGAGCGACGGGGAGCCGGAGCCAACUUUCCUGGGCGGAGGCGCCACGACGUCCCAGGACAACCUGCUCGCAAGCGUCACGCGGCACAGCCUCGAGGACAUCGCCUCGCCGGUGCCGCUGCCGGCGUACGAAGAGGUGAAAGACUUGCCCACGUACGAGGAGACCAUGCAGGAGGCGCGCGGACUUCGCGCGGUGCCGGCACCAGUGUCGGGACGCCCUCGUGUUCCACUUCAGCCGUGCCUCCAUCCGCUCCCCACAUCUCGAACACUCCUUGGAUAACCAUAGCGUGAGCUAUUUAAGUGUUUAUUUUGUCCUGAAUGUGAAAUGUCAAGCCAACUGACCUUUUUAGCAGCCAUAGGUUUUCUCCGUUGUAAAUCAUGUUACAUGGUUAGCAAACCUAUUUUGUCAGUCUUGGUAACUUUAUGGUGUUCUAUUUUCCAUGCAAAUGGUCAUCUUGAUUCCGUAGAAAUACACCCUGAGAAGAAAGCGGCACGUAAUUGUGAUCUGUUUAGGCCUAUGUGACGUUGCAAUUAAUUUGAACUCGAAUACUGAUUCUUUGUGUUAAAUUUUACUUAUCUAUUUAGACUUCAUGUCGUGCGGCAAAAUAUUAAUUAA